AAUUGCUCAUGAGACUAGAAGAUAAGUAGACUACUCGGAAUAUCUCUGUAUUUGUCAUCUUCCAACAUCAGAAUAUUUGCUGUCUAACAAAAGUUUAGUCUAGAAAUAUAAUAACAUUGGGUGCAGAUAUUUGAAUUUCUUACAUAUAAAACUUGACCAGCAUGAAAUCCUUGGUUAAAUUAGAUUUGUUGGAUGGGAAUGGCUGCUUCCUGCAGACAGACUAUCAGGAUGACGGGAAGUCAGGAUUUAAGCUGACCUUGAUUGAUGGCAUAGAUGUUUGGAAAGGUCAAGUUUCUGAAGAUGAUCUUGAUAAUCUCAGAUUAGCUAUCAAGAUGGACCUUAAUACAUUUACAAGACAGACAUUACAAGCAUUGACAAAAUCAGGAGGAAAAGACAUUGUUUUUAAUUACCAAGUCAAACAGAAGAAGGAUAAUAGUGUGGAGCUGAUCUGGAAGAAGCAUGUUCCAGCAGAAGAUAUUACAUUCCAGUUAGGCAGAGCUACACUCAAGUCGUCAACAUCUGCCACUGAUGCCAUAAGCUCUGUCCUUAAUUAUUGUAUUGAAUGUGCAAAAUCACAGCAAGUAGACAUAGCAACAUUACAAACAGAUAAUGACAGAUUAUCUCAAGAAAGAGUUAAUGCUUUAAAGAGAUUGGAAAAGUGUGUUGUUGCAAAGGAAGAAUUAGAAAGGGACCUUUAUUCUAAAUUUGCAGCAAUUUUAAACAGUAAAAAAGAGAAGAUCAGAGAAUUGAAAGAAUCUGGAGGUGUGGCAGUAAAUAAUGGUGACCCUGGACCUUCUAGAACAAAAACAACAACGCAAAGUACUAAACGUCCAGCAAAGCAGAUGAAUUACAGUGAUGACGAAAAUACCACUGAUGAUGAAACGGUCACACAACACAGUAAGAAAGCAAAGCAAUCAAAUCGAUCAAUGGACGAUGAUUCCCUAGUGCUAGAAGAUGAGAAUGAAGACAAACCAAAAACUGUUGCAAGACCAAGACGAACCAGGGAGACAAAUAAGAAAACACCUAAUAAACCAGUUCUACCAAAAGUUUCUUCAAAGGAUUCAAAUACAAGUUUAUCAGAAAGACCAUCGACAAGUAGAUCAUCAGAGAGACCAUCAAGUACAAGGAAAUCCAGGGCAUCCUCAGGCAAUUCAUAUGACAAUGAUGCUGACGCCAUGCUUGAUGAAAUAUAAUCUGUUUUAUUCCAAAACUCUAUUGUGAUUUUUAUAAUUUCAGUGUCAUAGAGAUUACUAAGUCAUAUAAAACCAUUAAAUGAUUUGUACUAUGUUAGGAAUUAUUAAUGUUAUAUUGUUUUUUUUUAUAUUUUAACACUGUGACCUUAGGAAUGGAAAUGUACUUUUAUUAAUAUGUGUAGAUUAUGAAACAAAAUUCCUAAGAAUGUAAUGCGUCUGUUUGUUCAUUUGUCCGUUCCUCUGUCCCGCUUCAGGUUAAAGUUUUUGGUCAAGGUAGUUUUUGAUGAAGUUGUAGUCCAAUCAACUUGAAACUUUGUACACAUGUUUCUUAUGAUAUGAUCUUCCUAAUUUAAAUUCCAAAUUAGAGAUUUCCUCCAAUUUUCACAGUCAUUUGAACAUAGAAAAUGAUAGUGUGGAUGCGACAUCUGUGUACUAGGGACACAUUCUUGCUAAUUAUUACAUUGUAGUUUUGACUUGCAUUGAUUAAAUAUAUAAUGAUUUAUUCACUAAGAAAAAUUAGGGUAACCAUAAUUGAGGCAGGUGUGCAUAAAUAACAAUAAGUGUUUUAAGGUUAAACGGAAGUGUAAAUAUUGGGAUAGACCAAUCAAUACUUUAUGGAUGCAAAAUUCUUUUUAGGUAAAGAUUGCAUGAAAUGCAAUCAAAACCUUAUGGGAUGGACUUAAUAUCUAAAUCUUCUAAGAUUUAUCACUACCUCUUUGAUACACAACACUUUUGAUAUAGUGCAUUGAUCAUAACAUUCUAUACAUCCAAAUAUCUGUUAAAUGAUGUCAUUGUUAAAGUCAUCUUAAAAAAAAUUGAGUUAUUUCUUUGACUAGAAUUGCUGUUAAAUCAACUACAACCAAUGCAAUAUUUAAUUUUUUUGUAUAGCAAUAUAAUAUUUACCACAGAACGUAACCAAAAGUUGGCAUGCAAUCAAUUAUAAUAUUGCACUAGUGCAAUAAAUCUUCAAAAUUCAUGACGUCAUCAACGUUUAAAUCUUAGUUUAAACCAAUUUUAACUUUCAAGUAUUAUAUUGCUAUACAAUAAAAGGGUUAUUGCAUGAAUAUUGGGGAAUAUUCAUGCAAUAACCCUAUAUUACUUCCCACUGAUAAAUUGAAGCAAUCUAUACCAUUUAGUGCUUACAAGCACUUUGAUUAUUAUCUUGUGUAUGUUUAAUUGUGUGUUAGAAAAUUUGUUUGUUUUUAAUAUAAGACUGAUCCCUUAUUUGAUGAUGAACUUGAUACCACAUGUAACAGGUUUUUUAUGUUCAUCAUUUACAUAUAGUAUGAUAGAGUUCACAUCUAUAUACAAUUGUACUAGUAGCUUUACUGUUAAGUAUGUUGCACAUUAAAUAUGAGCUCAUGUGAGAAAGAAUGUUUGUUUAUGUCUAAUGAAAUCACUUUGAACCAAUCAGUUUGUAAGCAAAUUAUUGUUAAUUUUCUGUAGUUUCUUUUUGUUAAAGAUUAGACAGAUUUUAUAGUUUUUUAAGAGAUUAAAAACAAAAACCAAGAAUUCAAAGCUACUAUACAAUGGUAUUUUUUGAACGUACAAUUGUUAAUUAGUGUUUGCUCAACAUCCAGUGGCAAUGCAAAAAAUUUCCGGAACAUUUUUGCCCCUCUUUUAUAAAGGGGCAUCCAGGAAUUGACGUAUGUUUCUUGCAGUUUGUAUAUUUUAUAAUCAUUAUAUAAAUAACACAUAGCUGAGAGGGUGAUAGAGCAGAUUGUUACCCCGAGAAAACAUUGUCAACUGAGGCGAAGCCAAGGUUGACAAUGUCUUUUCGAGGGGUAACUAUCUGCUCUAUCACCCUCUCAGAUAUGUGUUAUUUAAUUUAUUAUACUGAAUGUUCUGUUAUUACUGUCAAUUUAAUUUAAAAUUCAAAGUCAUAAACUAUGACAUCUUGUAUAUAACCAUCCAUAUUUAAUAAAGCGCACGCUUGAUCAAACGUCUCUGUGAAGGGUAAUAGAGUAUUUGCCAUAGAAUGGAGUCGUAUUUAAUAAAGCGCACACUUGAUCAAACGUCUCUGUGAAGGGUGAUAGAGUAUUUGCCAUAGAAUGGAGUCGUAUUUAAUAAAGCGCACACUUGAUCAAACGUCUCCGUGAAGGGUGAUAGAGUAUUUGCCAUAGAAUGGAGUCGUAUUUAAUAAAGCGCACACUUGAUCAAACGUUUCCGUGAAGGGUAAUAGAGUAUUUGCCAUAGGAUAGUGUCGUAUUGAAUAAAGCGCACACUUGAUCAAGCGUCUCUGUGAAGGGUGAUAGAGUAUUUGCCAUAGAAUGGAGUCGUAUUUAAUAAAGCGCACACUUGAUCAAACGUCUCCGUGAAGGGUAAUAGAGUAUUUGCCAUAGAAUGGAGUCGUAUUUAAUAAAGCGCACACUUGAUCAAGCGUCUCUGUGAAGGGUAAUAGAGUAAAUUGACACCCUCGUAUUAGCCAAUCAAAAUCUGGCAUUUUGACAUGAAGUAUAAUAAUAACAAAUAUGCUGAUAAAAACAUAACAAAUGCUUUAUUGAAUAAUAGACUAGAUACAUUGUUUCAAUAAUAUCAAGAUAUAUAUCAAAUACAUAUAUUGCAAUUCUACUUCCAGAACAAAACUAUGAAAGGCAGCUAAAAUAAAAUAUUUUAAUGUUUGUCACUUUUUUUGUUGUCAAAAGUAGAAUAUUACAUUUUUAUAGUUCAUAUAUCAGAAUAAAAAGAUAGGGUAUGAUUGCUAAAAUUUAACCAAUCAUAUAUAUUUGCCAUAACUGACUAGCUACAAUUUACAUAUGAAGGAUUUAUAAUUUGUAUAAUGUAUAAAUAUUCUUUAGUAAACAUGGUUAAAAUCCUAUGAGCAUUUGUAGUCACUAUCUGACUGGAAUAAGACAAAGAGACAUACAAA